CAUAUCCUCAGCCCGCCGGCCGGCGCCAUCGUUGUCUCCAAAGCGCCGCGCGCACUAGCUUCCAAAAAUGGAGUCCUAGACAAGCGCCCUCCAGCUACCGUUCCCAGCACUCAGACACGCGCAGGCGCACCCUCGCAACGUAGGCAUGGACGUGGAGGCGCCCAAGGACGACGACCAGCGCCCCGCGCCGCCGGCGCGCGGCAAGGCGAUGCAGCGGUUCCUGGUGGCGCUCAACUGCGGGAUGCUCACGCUGGGCACCACGGGCGGGCCGCUCCUCAGCCGCCUCUACUUCAGCAAGGGCGGGCACCGAAAGUGGCUGUCCGCGUGGCUCGAGACCGGCGGCUGGCCGCUGCUGCUGCUCCCCGUGGCGGCCUCCUACCUCAGCCGGCGCGCGCACGACCCCAGCGCGCCGGUGGUGCUGACCCCGCCGAGGAUACUGCUUGCCGCCGCGGGGCUCGGUCUGGCCACCGGCGCCGACGACUUCCUGUACGCGUACGGGCUGUCGUUCGUGCCCGUGUCCACGUCCGCGAUCCUCAUCUCCACGCAGCUGGCCUUCACCGUCUUCUUCGCGUUCCUGAUCGUGCGGCAGCGGCUGACGGCGCUGUCGGUGAACGCGGUGGCGCUGCUCACCGUGGGCGCCGUGGUGCUGGGGCUGCACGUCUCCUCCGACCGCCCCGCCGGGGUGACCAAGGGGCAGUACUGGCUGGGGUUCCUGCUGACCCUGGCCGCGGCGGCGCUGUACGGGCUGGUGCUGCCGCUGAUCGAGCUGACCUACAAGCGGGCCGCGGGCGGCGGGCGCGUGGUGACCUACGCGCUGGUGAUGGAGAUGCAGCUGGUGAUGGGCUUCUUCGCCACCGCCUUCUGCACCGUCGGCAUGAUCGUCAACAACGACUUCCAGGCGAUCUCAAGGGAAGCGCAGACAUUCGAGCUAGGGGAGGCCCGGUACUACACGGUGCUGGUGUGGAGCGCCAUCCUGUGGCAGUUCUUCUUCCUGGGCGCCGUGGGCGUCAUCUUCUGCGUCCACACCCUGUUCGCCGGGAUCCUCAUCGCCGUCUUCAUCCCGGUCACAGAGGUGCUGGCCGUCAUCUUCCUGCACGAGAAGUUCACCAGCGAGAAGGGCGUGGCGCUCGCGCUCUCGCUCUGGGGCCUCGCCUCCUACUCCUACGGCGAGUACAGCGAGGCCAAGGCGGCCAAGAAGAAAGCGGCCUUGGAUGCCCAAGCCUCUGACUAAUAGUACACUUCGAUUCCAAGAAUUGUGAUUUGGAUUGUUGUGCUUGUCUGCUCGUAAGGCAUACAUAACCUGCCACCAGUGGUAAAUGGCACGGUUAUUGUCAUGACCCAAAAUUUCAGAACCUGGUAAAAAAAUACUGAUUUUCGUUCUAUUAGCUUAUGCAAUGUUAUUUACAAAGUUAUUCCAAA